AUGCGGAAGGAGCCCAAUCUGAUGUGGGUAAUCCUCAGAACGUUUUGGAGGGAGCUGACGAGUCUGGCCAUCUUGCAUAUCCUGAGGGCAUUGCUCCAAUUCGUCCAACCGGCACUCUUGCGACAAAUCCUGAUCUUUCUCGAAUCUCCGUCGGAUUCCGAUUCCAAGGCUCAUGGCAUCGCCCUGGCGCUCUGUAUGCUUGCAGUUAGUAUUACGCUCUCCAUAAUUAUGGGACAGUUUUACGCACGGACCGUCGAGACCUCCGUGCGUAUCCGAUCGGCCCUCGUUGGAAUGAUCUACCGAAAGUCGCUCGUUCUCUCGCCUGGCGCCCGCAAGAGCGCGACAAGCGGCGAGAUCACAAACUACAUGUCAACAGACGCUGAGAAAUGGAUCACAAAUCUAGUCUGGAUGAUUAUGUGGGUUUCCAUCCCUAUCGAAUUCAUCGUUGCGACUGUCAUGUUAUACGACCUGAUCGGCUGGUCUGUAUUCUGUGGAAUGGCCAUCCUGCUUAUGAAUGUGCCAAUUCAGGGCUGGGCUGGAGGGUUCAUGGACUCUAUCAAAAGCGGCAAGAUGCAGGCUCAAGACAGCCGUGUGAGGCUCAUGACCGAAAUCCUCGCAAACAUCAAGAUUAUCAAGUUGUAUUCCUAUGUCGAGGCAUUCCAGCAGAAGGUGCUCACGGUCAGGGAUAAGGAGGUGUCGUUCCUUAGACGGGCUGGCACGGUCGACACUUACCUCACCAUCCUCUAUUCGUGCUUACCGCUGCUCGUGGCGUUUGUAAGCUUUUCAGUCUAUGCAACCAUCGGCGGUCCCGGACACACGCCUGGGGAGAUCAAUGCCCAGACCAUAUUUGUCUCGAUUGCGCUUUUUGCUAUGCUGAACAGACCAAUUAGCGCCAUGUCUAUGCUUAUCGAGGCGACGAUUGGUCUCCGGGUCGCUAUGCGCCGCGUCCAAGGAUUCUUAUUGAAGGAAGAAAUGGACUGCACGGCCGUCUUGCACAUUAACGAACUUCCGCAUGACACUUGGACGCCUGUCAUCCAGAUCGCCGGCGCCACGCUCGCAUGGAAUCCUGGCCACGAUUUCUCAGACCAGGCAUAUUCUACCACUGAGGACACAGAAACGACCGCUCUACUGUCAGAGGACGCCAGGAAGGCAAUCGAGCCAACUCUCUUCGACAUCAACGUGUCUAUUUCCCGAUCCAGUCUCACAGCCGUUGUUGGUCGUGUCGGUCAAGGCAAAUCGUCUCUCUUGAGUGCGAUGAUUGGCGAGAUGUAUAAACGCCACGGCUCGGUCAAGGUGUUUGGUUCGAUUGCAUACGUUCCCCAGCAGGCUUGGAUCGUAAACGCGACCUUAAGGGAGAACAUCGUUUUUGGCAAGCCCUUUGACCAGCAGAAAUACGACCGUAUCCUGAACGCCUGUGGAUUGCUGCCCGAUAUCGAAAUUCUCGUCGCAAAAGAUUUGACAGAGAUUGGAGAGCGCGGCAUCAACUUGUCUGGAGGCCAGAAGCAGCGCAUCUCACUUGCUCGUGCUGUAUAUCAGGAUGCGGACAUAUAUUUGCUCGACGAUCCGCUCAGCGCUGUCGAUGCCCAUGUCGAUCAACAUCUCUGGGAACAUCUUAUCGGUCCUAAAGGAAUGUUGAGCCACAAGACACGUGUUAUUGUCACUCAUGGUAUUCACCACCUUGAGCAGGUGGAUCAUAUCCUAGUUGUCAAGAAUGGACGGAUUACUGAGGCUGGCGACUACCGCGCGUUAAUGAGUGCUCGGGAUGCAUUCUAUUAUCUCAUCAAGGACUUCUCCGUUGCAGAAAACCCCAAGAAAGCAACAUCGAAGACCGGCAAGACGUCCAAGGCUGACGACGCGUUGAUGGACAAGACCAUGAACCUGGACUCCUCUACCUCUGUUUCCACGCCAACUUCGAGUUCGAAUUUAAUAACCACAUCGGAUGGAGAGGCGGAGACUGGAACUGUGGUGGCGGUCGAGGCCAAGGAUGCUAAAGGAAAAAGUGGUGGCGAGCUGAUCGCGGAGGAGCACGUCCAGGGCGUCACCGUUCAAUGGAAAACCUUCGCCACCUACUGCAAGGCUAUGACCUACUGUUACUUUACGGUCACAAUGAUUUUGUUCAUUAUCUGGGAGUGCUUCCAGCUGAGCGUUCCUUUGUGGCUUGAGCAUUGGAUCCGCUUGUCAAGUUCGACAAACCAGUCGACUUCCUAUUUCUUGGGUAUCUAUGCGUUAUUGGUACUGGCCUACGUGGCAGCGGACACAUGCCUGACCUAUGUCUUCAAGGUGACGGCGUGCACUCAGGCCUCAAUAGUACUGCAUAAUGAUGCGCUCGAACGUGUUAUGCGGUUGCCCAUGUCUUUCUUUGACUCGAUUCCGUAUGGACGCAUCUUGAACCGGUUUUCUUCAGAUGUAGCAGGAAUCGAUGAAUCUAUCCCUUUCUCACUGCACCAAACAAUCCUCAGCGCCUGCAACCUGAUCGGUAACCUUGUGAUCAUCUCCUUUGCGACUCCAGCCUUCAUGCUCUCAAUACCCCCACUGGCGCUUUUCUACUGGGCUGUUCAAAAGUACUACUCUCGCACGUCCAACAUCCUCAAGCGCCUAGAGUCCGUCACAAAGUCCCCGAUCUAUCAGCAUUUCUCCGAAUCUCUGCACGGCGCGACUUCUAUCCGAGCGAUGAAGCUGCAGCAGCGGUUUAUUAACGAGAAUGCCGAGCAGGUGGACAAGUAUGCGAAUGCGUUCUUUGCAUGGUCCAUGACCAAUCGAUGGAUGCAAUAUCGUCUGGAGCUGCUGACAACGUUCGUGGUCUUCAUGUCUGCAUUGUUGGCAGUCUUGAACAAGGAUCAUCUCUCAGCCAGUUUGGUCGGAUUGGCGCUCAGCUUUACACUGGUUCUGGUCGACCAUGUCACAUGGCUACUGAGGAUCUUUACACGGUUCCAGAGUGAUCUGGUCUCAGUCGAGAGAGUGCACGAGUACUCGGUCAGGAACACCGAGGCGCCAUUGGUCACAGGCGUGAGGGUUCCUGAGUCAUGGCCAAAUCAGGGACAUAUUGUUUUCAAAAACUAUUCGGCGAGGUACCGCGAGGGGCUGAACUUGGUGCUCAAAAAUGUGUCAUUUGAUGUGCAGCCCGGCGAAAAAGUUGGGAUCGUCGGUCGAACAGGUGCAGGCAAGUCGUCGCUCACGCUGGCGCUGUUCCGGAUCAUUGAGGCUGCAGACAACACCAAACCUCCGGAGGACCAGCAUCUCUCUGCAAUCUCUGCGUCUGGUGAUGGCGGGUCGAUUACGAUUGAUGGAAUCGACAUUUCAACGCUAGGUUUACGGGACCUGCGCAGGCAUCUAGCGAUUAUCCCACAGGACCCUACGCUCUUUGCCGGCACCAUCCGCGAGAACCUGGAUCCGUUCAGCGAGAUGAGAGAUACCGAGUUGUGGACGGCCUUGGAUCGUGCGCACUUGAAGGAUUACAUCUCGUCCAUGCCGGGUGGGCUCUCGUAUGAGGUCGCACAAAACGGAGAGAAUUUUUCAGUUGGUCAACGAUCACUAAUCUGCUUGGCCCGUGCGUUGCUCCGGAAGACCAAGAUUUUGAUCCUGGAUGAGGCAACGGCAGCGGUGGAUGUGGAGACAGACGAGUUGAUUCAGAGGACGAUUCGGGAAGAGUUCAAGGACCGGACGGUGCUGACGAUCGCGCAUCGGAUCAAGACGAUUAUGGAUAGCGAUAAGAUCUUGGUACUGGAGAAAGGAAGGGUGCAGGAGUUUGAGGCACCGGGGGCUUUGCUGAAGAGGAAGGAAGAGUCGCUGUUUUGGAGACUGGCGAAGCAAACGGGUGAAAUUUGA